AAGUGUGAGCUCAUCCAUUUUGGACCUAAGAAAGAUAGAGCAGAGAAUUUAUUUAAAUGGUGAGAAGGAACUGUGGAUGAGCAGAGAUUUACAGAUCCAAGUGCAGAAAUUACUAAAAACAAGUGAACAGAUACAAAACAUAAUUAGAAAGACAAAGGGAAUGUGAGCUUUCAUCUGAAUAGGGCUGGGAUAUAAAGGUGGAAGUUAUGUUACAGCUGUACAGAGCUCUGGUUGAGACCCCCCUGGAGUAACUGUGUUCAGUCCUGGGCACAGCACCUUGGACUGGGUGCAGUGUAGAUUCACCAGGUGGAUACCGGGACUGAACAGGUUAAAUUAUGAGGACAAGUUAUUUAGACCAGGCUUAUAUCCCCCUGAAUACAGAACAUUAUGGGGUGAUGGAUUGAGAUGUUUAAGAUGAUUAAAGGAUUUGAUUGGGUAUAAAGAGAAACUGUUUCCUGUUUCUCUGAUGGCUGAGAUCGCCUCCAAUUGUGUGGGUGGCCACCUGAUGCCUGAGGCCUUGAACUUUUGUUGUGGCGGUUCCAGAACAGGGGAGCAAAACCCUGAAGUUGGAGCCGGGCCUUUGAAGGGUGAUGUCAGGAAGCACUUCUUCACACAAAGGGGAGUGGAAAUCUGGAACUCCCUCCCCCAAAAAGCUGUUCAAGUUCAAGGUCAGUUGAAAAUGUCAAAUCUGUAAUUGAUAGAUUUUUGUUAAGAUUAUUAAGUUUACAGAAAUAAGUCGGGUGAAUGGAGUUGAGAUUGAGAUCAGCAUGAUUUAACAAUGACAGAACAGGCAUGAGGGGCUGAAUGGCCAGCUUCAGUACCUACUUCCAUCCUAAUUUCCCAGUUCACUUCUACAUCAGAAGGGAAGGUGAGGGAGUAGCUGAAACAGAACAGGUGGAAUGUUGAGAAAAGGAUGGAAUGAGCCCUAAAGUUACACGUAGUUCACAUUCAUACUUGCUCCACUGCACCCUGCUGGGCUCACUCAAACCCCACUGCAUCCCAGUCAUACUCCAUUGUAUUUCACACACAUCCUACUGCACUGGACUCGACCUCAAGCCCCACUACAUCACACUAUUCGCACUCAUAUUCCACUGCAUCGUACUGGAUUUGCACUCAUAUCCAACUCCAUCCUACAGAACUGACCCAGCCCUGAAUAUGGUCAGGUAUGUAAAAGCUACUGUUUAGACUGCUUCCACUGUCCCCUUUGACUAAGUUGAGUUCACCAUCGAUGGUCCCAAAAUAGAAAAUGAUUAUUCAACACCUCAAUGGCUCAGCCUGUUCACGCACUGUAACAGCCUCAUCUGAGGUCAAGUGCGAAUGUUCAACAAAAACAACUUGUACUGAGAAAAGAAAACAUCCCUCGGUGCUUCAUGAAUUUGUAGGAAAUAUUAUGCUGAACUAGGAUUAGGAUAGCCAAUCACAGCUUGGUCAAAGAACUGGGUAUGAGGGAGCGUUUGAAAGGAGGAGCGGGUGGUGGAGGGGUUUAAGGAGUGGAUACCAGUGGCUGUAGGCUAGAGGUGUGAAAACACGCUUCACCAAUUGUGAGGGAUGCACAAGGUUUUUGAGCUGGAGGAACAGCGUGGGUUCUGAGGUAAGGAUGCAUUAGAACAGGAAGGGAUUUGAACAUGUGGUUCAGAAUCUUAAAUUUGAUUUGCCAUUGUAAAUCAGCAAGGACAUCAAUUUCGAACCUGUGCUGCACCUGCCCAGGGAGUGUUUGAUGGGGACAAUGUAGAGGGAGAUUUACUCUGUAUCUAAGCCCGUGCUGUAUCAGCUGUCCCCAUCAAACACUCCCAACAGUGUUGAGCAAGCUUUACUCUAUACCUUGUAUCUUUUGAAAGUGUUUCCCUUGUCUGUUGUUAAGUUACAGUAGUGUAUUAUGUAACUAGACCAGGAUUGCGUUUAAAUCCUAACAUGAUGUUUCGAGAAUUUGAAUUCAGAUUUUUUUAAAAGUCUGUAAAUGAAUAAGUAAGACUUGCAUUAUUAUAGUGCCUGUGACAAUGCCACUUAUGUAUUUUGAAUUUAGUCACUUUGACUAGACCAUGAAGAUACCAGAAUGUCAAAAAAGCCCCAUCUGGUUCAUUCAUAUCCUUUUAGGAAGAAAAACCCAUCUUUACCCAUUGACCAGAUUUUGACAGUGCCCCUGUGAAGCACUUUGGUGCAUUUGAUGAGGCUAAAGGUGCUGUUUAAAUGCAAGUUGUUGCCUGAUUCCAGUCCCAUACCUAAGUUAUUGCCUCUUAAGUGGCCUAGCAGACACUGAGUUGUAUUAUAUCACUAGAGGAAGACCCAGCACCACCUAGGGGCAGUAAGGGAUGGGCAAGAAUGUUGGCCUUUCCAGUGACACCUCCAUCCUAAGAAUGAAAAUGCUGCCCUGAGUACUCACCUUGUCAUAUCGAUCUAUCGUUGCUGAUCUCCAACUGGCCUUGGGACAUUUCUCUGGAUCAAGCAGCUCAAGAUCCUCAAUCCUAGGCUGAAGGCUUUUGGCCUAGUUGCCCUCCACCCAUCGAUAAAAGUACCCAGAUGUUUAAAGGGAGGAUGAGUAGCAUGGUGUGUGUGGAGCUCCACCUCUUGCAGCUGGCCUCCAAUCCCUUCACCAUGAAUGGAUGAUUGAAGCUGGAGAGGUGAAGUCUGCUGAUUGGUCAGUGGACCUAUGGUCUGGUUCAUUUCUAAUCUCCAUGACCCUUUUGGCCAAUUUAGUUAGAUCCUGUUCUGUUCAGGGAACUGCACCUCAGGAAUGAUAUAUUGGGAUUGGACAGGGCCCGACAUAAUUCUGCAGAAUGAUAGCAGAGUUACAAAGUUUAAAUUGUAAAGACAGGUUUCAUAGACUCGGCUUGUAAUCUUUUGAAUAAAGAAAGAUUAAGGGUUAAUUGAAUUGAGGUGUUUAAGAUGAUUAAAAGAUUCAGUAAGGUAAAUAAAAGCUGUUUCCUUUAAUCAGGGGAGUCUAAAUCAAAGGGGUGAUGUCAGGAAGCACUUCUUCACAUAAAGGGGAGUGGAAAUCUGGAGCUCUUCCUCCAAAAAGCUGUUCAAGCUGGAUGUCGAUUGAAAAUUUAAAAACUGAUUGAUGGAUUUUUGUAAGCCAUCUCCUGUAAUUUUGAGACUGGUUUUUGUGAAUGGGAACAAAUCGGCCUUCAGUGGAUUCGAGAUAAUGGUCAUAAUGCAAGCCUACCAUAUCAUGGUCCAAUGUAUGAUCACACCCUCAAUGGCAAAGGUUAUUACUUGUUUGUUUAUAAACCGUCAGCAGAGGUAAAUGACACUGGAGCAAGGCUAACAUCCAUCUUACAGACGUCAACCUCAACCAAUCAGUGUUUCUCCUUCUGGUACCACAUGUAUGGACCAGAGAUUGGGAACCUGAGCCUCAAGGUGCUGCAGCAAGGCCAGGCGGUGGAGCUUCUGUGGACCAGGGCAGGAACACAUGGAAAUCAAUGGAGACGAGGAUUUCACACCAUCCCACCCCAGAACAAGCACUUCCAGCUCAUAUUUGAAGCAUUUCAGAGAGGCAGUACUGGAGCUAUCGCCAUCGAUGAUGUGAGUGUUGUGGGAGGUGCAUGUGAAGCUCAGGGAAUAUGCUCCUUCGAAGCUAACACCUGUCAGUACACAUCAACAGGAAUGCAGCGUUGGGAGUGGCUUGCAGGAGACCCGGGGACCAGCUCCAAUAGGCCGGUCACCGACCAUACAACAGAGACCACUGAAGGACACUACAUGCUGGCUGAUACCAGUCUUGGGGUUCUUCCGAGCAGCCAGUCAGUGCUCCUGGUUUCACCGGUCCAGGAGCCAAGGGAUGCUGGAGUUUGCCUGCAGUUCUGGUUCCAGAUGAAUGGUGAGACUCCAGGAACUUUGAACGUUUAUGCGGAGGAAGAGACACAGGAGAAACAGAAAGUGUUGAGUUUCAAUACGGGCCAGGGGCUGACAUGGAGCCUUGCCAGAGUCAACAUUCAAACAGCACACAACUGGAAGUUGAUCUUUGAAGCAAUUGGAGGAGGAGCAGCCAUGUCACACAUUGCGAUCGAUGAUGUUACACUUAGUCACACAGAAUGUCCUCAAAUUGGAGCCUGUGACUUUGAGCUGGACCUGUGUGGCUGGAAGAAUGUCCUGAAUCCUGAACUUGACUCCAAGGACUGGGAUUGGACCAAUGGGCAAACCCCCAGCUACUUCAAAGGGCCUAAGGUGGACCACACACGGGGGAACUCACAAGGUCACUACAUGUUUGUGGACAUUGAGGCUCUGAGUGUUGGUGACACAGCCUGGCUUCUGAGUGAACAUCUCCCUCUGACCAAGGGCUCCUGCCUCACAUUCUAUCACCACAUCAAUAUCUCCAAACAGCUCCUGUUCCAGAGAUUAAUCUUUAAUUCUUGGAGCCUCCUGGGCAAUCCUGGAGAUUUGGCAACCCCAAUUUCCAGCCUGGUCUCUGAAUGA